AGCGCGGAGAGAGCGCGGCAGACGCCGCGGGCAGGUGGACCCGAGCCGCGCGGAAGCAUCGCUCUCGGGCGCCGCGGCAUGCGGGAAAGGUGAGCGCGCCGCCGCUCGACCCGCCCGCCGCGCCCCUCGCCUGCCGGGGGCAAGAUGGGCAGCGCCGAGGUCGUCCUGCUCACGCUCGGUGUUUUACUGGCAGUGUGCCAUACCUUGGAGAACACGACAUCAGCCUUGAGGGGUCCCCCAGUGGCGGCUGCAGUGAGAUCUCAUUUCAACAACUGUCCAGAUGCCCACAGCCAGUUUUGUUUCCACGGGACUUGCAGAUUCCUGGUGCAGGAAGAAGAACCGACCUGUGUGUGCCAUUCUGGGUUCAUAGGAGCCCGCUGUGAGCACGCUGAUCUGCUUGCGGUGGUGGCCGCCACCCAGAAGAAACAAACCAUAACAGCCUUAGUGGUGGUUUCCAUCGUUGCCUCCAUUGGUGUCAUCAUGGUCUGCGUCCUGAUACAUUGCUGCAGAAUACGGAAACGCUGCGAGUGGUGCAGGACUGUCGUCUGCAGGCAUGAGAAACCCACCGGGCUCCUGAAAGGGGCUACGUCUUGCUGCCACUCAGAGACAGUUGUCUGACAAAAAACAGGUCUGCUGCAAUUCCACAGAUGUGAACAGUGCAGAACUCUACACGUGAGGUCUACAAUAUUCCAGAGAAAGACUUUGAUGUGGACAAAGACAAUUUCCAGGGAUUAAAACAGGAAGCCGAUUUAGUGCAACUUUUGAGGCCUUCUCUGAAUCUUCAACCAUUAUGCUGGGCUUCCAGAACUUUGCUAAAGGGGCACCGUGGUGGGUGUGGCUUCUGACUAAACUAAUGUGUCAUGUAUGACAACCAGCAAAUCUCCAAGACUUCUUUUUAGUCAAAUAGAGAACAGUGAAGAUUGGACCGCUUUAUAUUUACUUUAGGCACCGAAGGGCAGGCUUGUUCAAGGGAAGGAAUGUGUCCGGUUCGUCUUGAAAAGUUUUAAUGGAGACCUGAUCCAACACAACCUGAAGGGCUGGCUUUGAUUUGUGUGUUUGUGACAUCUUGUGACGCCUAUCCAGCGGAAGGAUGCGCCCUGUUAGACAUUUGGGAAUAGCAUCCUCCUCCCUGCGAGCAGUUGGCCUGUCUGCGUUCAUCUGCAAGUUGACCCUGCAAGUUCUUUGAGUAGCAAAACAUCAAGAUGAGUCGCCUUCCCAAAGUUAAACAUUUCUGUGUUUGAGGUAUCCUGUUUGGGGGAGAAAAAAAAACAAACAGUGGGGGUAGACUGGCCGAACUUUUUUGAGCCAAAUGACAGCAGAAUUGCUUACCCUUCCUUCUCUCAUUUAUGAGUCAGAGCUGCAUGGUCAAGUUAGAAAAUUCCUUUGCCCUCCCAGCCAGGUUCUGAGUGACUUGGUGAAAGAGUGGCAGCUGUGCUACGUUUUCCCAAAGAGCAAACAGAUCAUAGAAGCAUUAGUUACGACAUGACAGGUAGACAUGGGAUGUUGGAAGAGGUACAUCUGAGCUUGUUUUUAGUACUGACUUUAAAAGGCCUUGAGUUAGAUGGGAAGCUUGCUUAAAAUCAGUUUUUAGAAGGGGUGUUUUUAAAUGCUGCACUGUUUCUAGGUUUCCAUGCUUGUGGGGGAUUUCUAACUAUUGCAAUGUCUUGGGUGACAGACAGUUCCUCCAAGUCACUUGUGCAUCUGGAAACAUUCCAUAGGACUGGGGAAAACACUCCACAGCUGUGUGGGUGCUUGCAUCUUUUGAACCCUGGGUGCUGCAUGAGGGCAUGGUUCCAAGGGUGGGAUAGAUCUGUGAAAGAACGUGCAUGUCUGAGGUAUGGUGGCAUUCCAUGAGUCCAGGGGAACCUUGGAAGUGGAGUUCUUCUCAUGAAGGUUGAGAAGCUGACGUCCUGACGUUAUAGAAAGCUCUGUUCUGAAACCAGGCCCUUGGCAGUCGCACUGAGGUUUGAAGUAUUGGCCCUGUGAGGACAGAUGCCCCCAGUUUCUAAGGCAGAAGUAAGAGAGAGAGAUGGUAGUAGAUUUGAGAAAUGUCUUCGAAAGCCUUUCUGCUCUUCUGAAUUGGCCGAACAAUAAAUUAUAAUUCACGUGCAAGCCAAAACUUCUACCGUGAAGCACCAGCUUCACCUUCUUUCCUUUGGCAAUGAAAAGAAGACGUAUUUGCCAACACUCCUGAUUUUUCAGGUUCCAUUUUUAGCUCACAUAAAAGGUCUGUUUUCCCAGAUGGAUGGGCUCAGCAUGUUGACUGAAGCUCAAUGCCAUAAACGUGACCAGGGCACUCUUGACAUAUGACGAAGAAAUAAAAAUACGGACAAACUGAUUUUGUUUCUCCGGUUGGCAGUCUGGCUUAUGAAUGCUUCUAUUACUGUUAGUGGGCGGAUUCCUUUUCUACCUUAUUACAACGGCAUUCCCUCUUUGACUUUCCUCAGAAGGGGAAAGAAUUGAGUUUUUAACCACCACCACCCCCCGCCUUCUUUCCUAUCCUUGCUUCUCAACAACCAAUCUAUAAAUUGGGUUUUUUUCCAAAUGAGUAAAAAAGAAAGAAAAAAAGUAACGCCAAAAAGCAUGGCCUUUUGCACUGCCCCUCAAGGUAUAAUCAAGGUCACUUAAGUCAGAGCCAGGGAUCUGAAAGAAAUUUGCUUGCUUGAGAAUUGCCUGUAAGGGCACCUUGAUUCCUGCAAGGUCUAGUUCGGGAGUUCUUGCUACUCCAGUUUCAGAGGGCAUCAGUGGUAGGUGGGUUGCAUUUGUUCUGAAUUAUGUUUUUGAUACUUAGAAUGGUAAACCAGUUUGUCCAGGAUAUGAUCCUGUUUCCUGUCAAGGGAAGGAAAGACUAAGAGCCCGGUAGGCUCCAUGUAAUAGUUGGAUGCACGUUUUACUGAAGGCAACUUCACCUCUUCUCUGGAAUUAUAUUUUGUGAUGCUGUUUAGAAAUGAGGUGCAUCCUUUGAGCUAUCAAGUGUUUAAUCUGAUGCAACCUGCACUUCUGGAAUUGAGCAGCAAUAGGAUCAACAUGGAAGUAUCAAGGGUUUGGGUGGGGAAAGGUUCUCAAAUGAAACACUUCUGCUAAGACAAAACAUGAAUUCUCAUGAGUUGGGCCCUUUUUCCAUCUUAGGUGCAUCUUCGAUUAUGCUGAAUUAUUACCUGCUAAAUGCCUCUUCCCUAUUCUGUGUGUUGACUUCAAGUUAACACUUUGUCCUUUUUCAUAAUUAAGUUUACUGUCCAUAACCAACCUGAAGUUUUAUUUUUAGCCAAGGUUACACUUUUUUUCUUCUGUAUAUGUUGCACUGAAGGUUACUAUUUAAUGUUUUAAUUUAUUGUGUGGUUAAAUUAAUUUGAUUCAUGUAAGAUGUUUAUGUGAUUGGCUGUUAUUUCUUCCUUAAUACGCUGAAUUAAUAGAUAUUUAAAUGAGUGAAAUAUACUUUUCAUAAUACUUUGUUGUAUGGUUUUUUUUUUUAAAUGGGGAGGCUAUAAAUUAAAUAAGGAACUGUUCAUGUAAA